AUGUCCUCCCCUGAGAACAGUCCCUCGAAAAGCCCAGGUAAGCUAGCAACUUCCUCCAACCCAGCUGACAGUCCAGAUCAUCGCUGGCCGACUGGUCAUAACGCGCGCCCUCAACGGGUUGCCGGCCAGGUCUUUCCAUCACUUGGCCACUCGACAAACAAGAACAGCAACAGCAUGACGGAGACGCUGGAGCGCCUGCGUACCCUUAGCUUGGAGAGCAAGGCAAUGUCCGACAGUCUCGCGAGUGAAGUUAUGCCGCUUGAGGAGUCGCCAACGGGUGGCAAAUCGUCACCCUACGGAGCAUCGGAGCAUGACGACUGGAUGGCCAGGUGGCAACGUGAGACAUCCACCUACUGCACCAUUCCCAACACUCCCGACGUCAAGAGCUCGCCCACUCCCCGGUACAAGCCGUUGAGCGAGGACUUUUUCACUAGCAGGACAUCGGUGACCAACCUUAGGCCCACGCCUAAACUCCAGCAGAAGACCGAUCCAGCACUCAACAGCAGCGACACUAACGGCUUACAUGUCGACUCCUCUCCCUCCGCAUCGAAUGUGCAGCGUUUGCGGCCUCACGAGUCCCUUCCAGCGGCAGGGUUUUUCAUGACUCCCUGGUCGGCACCGUUGCUCCAGCGCGGGUAUUCGGAGGGACGCUUCCCCACACAGCAUGCGCAGGGCGUAGCUGCAUUCCCUCCAUCGUAUGGCUCGCUUCCCAACGCCCCUCCUUAUGUCUCACCGCCGCAUCCGGGCCUUUCCCCGUCGUCACUGCCUUCCUUUGUCGAUAGCUCUGAGACAAAGGACGUCUACCACGGAAGCUUCAAGGCUCCGGAGUCGGAGCCUGAGAAGAGGUGCUCCGAAUGCGCUGGUCUACGUCACGAGCUCGAGUUCAUCCGUCUCCAGCUGGCGGCUCAGCAGAGCUCUCUGAACCGCAUUGUGACUGAGAUCGCGGCGAUCAAGAGCCGCAGCGUCCCACGUCCGCUUGCUGUGCAGCCCUCAACUGAAUCGCAUCGGCCACCUCCACCUUGGCGCAACCCUCAUAGUGCUACCUGGAUUUGCGGUCCACCCCCUCCACCGCCAGCCCACCCGAGCUCGAUGCAGCCACCGCCAUAUCCUUUCUACUACGGCCCUUACAGCUCACCCAUUGCCCCAGUCACGGCCGGUAGUAAAGGAGAACACUACCAAGCGAACUUGUCGCGCUCUGCUACGGAGUUGCCUUCACUCAAGCCCGAUUCUUCGCCCCACGGCGCUGCAACCCUGUCCCCAGUCACACGGCGUCAGCCACAGCAGACAUCAGAACGUAAGCCCUCGCCGAAGCGUGUGUCGUUCGCCUGUCCGAUGACUCAAAGCGAGCCCGACAGCGACGGAAGUUCUGAGGAGACGCUCGUGUCAAAGGUGGAGACACAGCUGCGUCGCAAGCCCAGUAACAGCAACACCCUUUCCAAGAAAACUUCUGCCUUGAAGAAGGCGUCAUCCAGCUCAAGCGUCCGACCAAAGCCGUACCCGAUCACUGGCUCUCUCAAACAUCGUCCUACCGUUUACUCUUCUGUGUCGCCCCGUUCUUAUUAUGGUGUUGUGCAGGAAAAUACUAAGCAAGCGACAUCCUCCGUGCGCGGCCGUCAGGAGGCAGAACCACCCACUGAAACUUCGAGCCCUCUCCAACCCAACCCCCACCUUCCGUUCGUUGUACCGUUCGAGGAAGGAGGAGAGUCGAACAGCGAGGACUUGCACGUGAGGUUUGAUGCAACCACCUUGUUCAACUUCAUGCAGUUCUGGCAGCCUCGUGCGGAUGGUCCCGAGCCGCUGCUCGUAGACCUGUCGCUCGAUGCGUCAACCUAUCAGGAUUUCGUGGGAUGGGGUCGCGAGAACGGGUCACUUGAUCUUUAA